CCUAAUUUAUUCUAGUUUCAGACAGAAACCUGGUGAAUUUUUCGCUGAAUAUGGACCUCAUGCUUUUAUUUUGAAAUAUGAGACAGUUGGAGAUAAAAUGAGUUGUUAUUUGGGGAAAAAAUCCCUUUCUUCUUGUUCUUUAUCACGCUUGCAUGACAAAAAGCCUCACCGAAACUCCCCCUCUGCAUGUCUUCGCUGUUCCCGGUGAGGAUGAGAAGAGCUGCGGUCUGCGCCACACCUGUCCGGUUUGGGGACUCUGGCUACAGGUGAGGCCGAAGCUCCGCCCACCGCCAGGUUUCAGUCGGACUUGUUUUUAAAGAGCAGCUGUCAAAACUCAGCCGCUCCGGUCGACAUUGUUACUCAGCGUUUGGGAGCAAGAAGACACAACAACUUCAUCAACAACAACAACAGCAUCAACAGGAACCAUGCCGAGACGAACCACCCAGGAGUGGAUCCGGACUUCUCUGCGCACUCCGGGCAUCUUCAUCUUCGGGCUGGUCAUGGCUCCCUGCGGCUGGAUCCUGGACCUCACCGCCACCGUGUCACCGAACUGGAGGACCCUGAACGACCUCCCCAACACCCCGUCCGACGAGUUCCUCCAGCAGGGCAUCUGGGACAUCUGCAGGGCCUCCACCACCUCCACCGUCUUGGAGUGCAACCAGCAGGACACCACCUACUUCAACAACGAGAUCAUCCGGGUGGCCCAGGGGCUCAUGGUGGCUUCCCUCAUCGUGACGCUCAUCGGGCUGGCCGUGGCCAUUCCCGGGAUCCGCUGCUGGAAGGACCGGCCCAACUGGAUAGUGGCGGGUCUGGGCGGGCUGCUCAUCUUCCUGUCGGGCGUCAUGACCAUCAUCCCCAUCGCCUGGUACACGCACAUCCUCGACGAAAUCACCUCCGACUCUUCUCUCACGGGCGUGCGCGUCGGCUACUGCAUCGUGCUGGGCUACAUCGGCGGGAUCUUCGAGAUUCUGGGCGGCUUCGUCAUGUUCAUCGGGAUCUGCCGCUGCUGCGGAGGGAAGAACCGGGGCGAGAGGCCGGUGGAGGAGGUGGUCCGGUCCCGCCAGCCCAAGCCCACGCCGAGACGCCUGGACGUGCCGAGCCUGAACCGGGCCCGGAGCAGUGCCAGCAGCGUCCCGUACUCCAAGGACUCCCUGGAUGAUGAUGUGUCCUUCCCCCGGGCCAAGAGCCCCGCAGCCCGGUCAGCCAACACCUCCUUUAACGGAACACCUUAUGAUGCAGACCUAUGAGGAGCUGGAAGCUCAGGAGAGGACAAUUUACUGAAGAGACUGUGAGUGGAAAACAUUCUGGAUCAGGGCUGUCAAAGUUAUUAGAGUUCAGGUUCCACAUUCAGCAAAAUUUGAUCUGAAAUGACCAAUAAAGUCACAGCAUAAUUACCUAUAAAUAAUGUUUCCUAUUAGUGUAAAAAUGUUCACAUUUAAGGAAUUAUCUUUUUACAAAACAUCAUGAACAACCUGAAAUUACUUAAGAAAAAUAAAUUCAGUUUCAUCAUUCAGCCUCCUUUUAUCGUUUCCACAUUACAACUUCCAGAUUUUACUUUAUGAUCAAAACAACAAAAGUCAGACAAAAACAACAAAAACAAGACAAAAUAUUACAAAAAUGGCAAAUAUGAGAGAAAUGACAUGAAAUGAAACAAAAAGAGACUAAAAAUUAGGCAAAAACAUCACGAAGUCACAAAAAUUAACAUAAAAUGUGCAAAAAAUGCAACAAAAUGACAAAAAAAUAGAAGAAAAAACACAAGCGAGACAAAAACGAAACACAAAACGACAAAAACAUGAGACAAAUAUCAAGUGUCAGACAAAAUAACAACACAAAAUAUUGCAAAAAUGAGACACAAAAUGAUAAAACUUAGACAAACGACACGAAACAAAACAAAAAUAGACUAAAAAUUAGGCAAAAACGUCACAAAGCAACAAAAAAUUAACACAAACGAUGCAAACAAAGCAGCAAAGUGACAAAAGAACAAUGAGCAAUCUAGUAUGUUAAUGUCUUCUCUGUAAUUUUGACACUUUGAGAGCCGGAUUGGACCCUCUGGAGGACCACUUUUGGCCCACAGACCUCAUGUUUGACACCUCUGCUUUAAAUAUUAAAUCUAAACUCCCUCUCAUCAUUAGACCAGUAAUAUUUGAAGACUUCUAUCUGUUGUAGAACAUCGUGUUUAAAGGAGGGACAGGUCUGUGACUGCAGGUUAAUGAGGCUCAUUAUAGCCUCAGCUUCAUUAUUAUUAAUUAUACUAUCACUGUAACACAUUACAAAACCUGCCAUCAGUGAUUUAAUGACGAUUAUAGUGAGAAAAUGGAAGGAGUGUGCCAUGAAGGACUUUGGAGAAUGAAGAAAAACUGAUGUGAAGUUGAAGUUUUUCUCCACUACAGUUGUAAAUAUCCCUCACCUUUAUUUUUCUGUGUACGCUGGAUAAAGCAUACACUUUUCUUUUUUUAAAUCUCCAUUUUUAUGUGAAUACUGUGUUGUGAUGCACUUUACUGACGGACACAAGGCCAGCCGAGACGAACCUCCAGAAGAAGCACCCUGAAGUGUUUAGUGUUGCUCUGUGAUUAAAUGUUCAUUAAAUGUUUCCUAAGAACGUA